AUGAUUUACUUUUCACCUAAUCAUUAUGGAAGCGCUGGAUUAAGAAGAUUUAAAAAUGCAAGGACAGAAUGUAUCAGAUGGACUAGCACCGAAUCUGUGUCAUUUGCAAAAGCCAUGAGUAAAGAUGGAUGUGUCGAUAGGCACUUAUUUGGUUUAAAAAUGAUAGCUUCUAUCGAAUCAAUGUGUCUUCCAGAAUUGUAUAAGGAUGUUGCAUAUAUUAAAAGUACAUACUAUGAUUUAACAACGAGUCAAGUACCUCAUAAAACAUCGUCAUUUAUGUGUUACGGUCCGGUUGUACCAGAAGGUUACGGUUGUUGUUAUAAUCCUCGAGAGAACGAUAUUCUCUUUCGUUGCUCUCCCUUCAAAUCCAGUACAAAAGCAGACGCAACACAAUUUGCCAACACUUUAAAAGAAACUUUGUGUCGGAUGAGAAACUUAUGUAAUGUUUGA